CAUUGGCAAGCUUAAUAUCAUAAACAAAUAUUUCUAAUAAUAAUCGAGCUUGUUUAGUUAGAAAAUGGGAUUGAGUGGUGUUCUUCAUGUGGAGGUUGAGGUUAAGUCUCCAGCAGAAAAGUUCUGGGUUGCACUCGGUGACGGUAUCAAUCUCUUUCCCAAAGAGUUCCAGGACUACAAAACAAUGCAAGUUCUUGCCGGAGAUGGCAACUCUCCUGGCUCCAUUCGCCUCAUUAUUUAUGGAGAAGGAUCCCCACUGGUGAAAGUAUCGGCGGAGAGAAUCGAAACAGUGGAUCUGGAAAACAAAAGCAUGACGUACAGUAUCAUCGGCGGUGAAAUGUUGGAAUACUAUAAGACAUUCAAAGGAACCAUCACCGUAACUCCCAAGGGCGGUGGCAGCAUUUUGAAAUGGUCUGCUGAGUUUGAGAAGACCGGCCAUGAGAUUGAAGAUCCACACGUCAUCAAGGACUUUGCUGUCAAGAACUUCAAAGAGAUCGAUGAGUAUCUCCUUAAACAAUCCAGCGUCUAAAACUCUAGAAGCUUUUAUUAUGUAUAAGGGGGUUCGAUCAUCUCUAUCAGUUUUAUUGUUGUCUAACUAAGAAGUUAAAUAAAGUGGAAUCUCCUUAUGAAUAAUCAUUUUAAUGAUUCCGAAGUCUGAGUAUUGGAGAUACACGUGUCUUUGAAUAUUCGUAUAUGCAUGAUAUCUUGGUAGUACAUUUUAUUAACACACGAUUUAAACAA